GAUUCUGCUAUGACUCCAAGUCAGACCUGCACCCUCACCCCAAGACCCAGGGGCAGUCUUCGCAGGACGCCUCUGGGAAACCGAAAGAAUGUCAACACUGUAUUUAAGUCACCAGUUCAGCAACCUAAUAGCCAGUGGACUGCAGGCGAUGAAGACACAUUGGAAAAGGCCAACUCGGAACUGAAAGAAAAAGAGGCCUCUCUGGAUAAAGAGAUAGCAGAGCUCGAGGCACAAGGCUACAGUCUAGAAGAACUGGACAAGCAUAUCUCCCUCCUUCAUGAAUACAACGAGUUAAAAGAUAUAGGACAGACAUUACUAGGCCACUUAGCUGUUUUCCGUGGUGUAACCACCAAAGAACUGUAUUCAGAGUUUGGCAUGGACCUGGAAGACUGAAGACAACCUCGGGAUGUUAGUUAUUCACUCUGUUGCCCAUUGUGGAUUUCAU